UUGAUUUCACAGUAGGAAGAGUGAGAGACUGCAUCAGCCUCUAAGCAGCACUACAUGUUCCAUACAUUAGCAGUACUGCUGAAACAAUGGCACAGUACAGACACAUAUUUUCAUUAAGGUCAUUUUCGAAGAGAUGUUUAUGAUCCUCUUCCCCCAGUCCUCUACUAACAAGUGAGCAAAAUGAAUCAAUCAAAACUGGAAACGCUUCACUACAGCAAGAAUUUAUCAAAUCUUUAGCGGAGGACCCACAGCAGCUAAUUCAGUAUUUACAACUGACAAUAUGAAGAAUGCAACUGAUCGAGUACCAUCGUAGCUGUCUGAGCCACGAACUGCAGGAUAUUCUUAACACAUGAUUUUAAGACAUUAAGGAGUUAAAACCAGGGACUAGUCUACAUUACUGCUGGAAUAUAAAAAGUCAACAGUAUCCUAAGAAGAUGCUAGAUAAAAUAGUCACAAAAAGAAAAACAAUAUAACUGUAAAAGCUUGAAAACAAAAUGGUGAGCAUUUUAAAGGGAGAUUUUAUACUUUAAUACACCGGAAUUGUGGAAGCUGAUUAUUGAAGAAACAAUGAAGCAUGAAAUUCCAAAAGGAGAAUGUACAUACUUUACCAGCAAACUAAAUGAAGAUUUAACAAGUGUUUUUUUCACUAAAUAUUCAGAUAUUCAUAUCAAUUGAUAUGACUAAUGGAUUUUUCUAUCUGAGGUUUAUGGCCAAUUAUGUAUCCUCUUCUAAUGAAAACAAACCAAAUUAAAUAGCAGAUGGUUUUUAUCAAAAGAACAUGGACUGGAUUUAAAAUAUAAAGCAAGUUAUAUGAUCAAGAAAUUGUUUCAAAAUAAUGAGGACUGCUAGAGAAACAGAUUUACAGUUGUAAUGAAAGAAUGUCUAAAUACAUUUUAGAAGCUAAAAACCUCAUGUUUCCUUUUUUGUUUUCACAUAUUUUGGAAAAUAAAGAGACACUAUCAUAUAUUCCCUCAAAGGGAAACAUCAUUCCUAUCAUUUGAGGAAGUUUUCUCUUGAUCACGACUUUUUAAAGCAAAGCAAACAACAUUUUAUGUACUAGUCUUUAGAAAUGCAUCAGCCAACUAAAUCUCACAAUUCAUGCAGUUGAAGUACUGGAGAGAAAAUGAAAGAAUUCCUACAAGAGAUGAAAUUAAACACAGCUACUUCACUGAUGUCAGGUGAAAACUCACGUCAAAUAUCUGUUAAUGACAUCAUGUAUCAAUUUGUGAAAAACUGUCAUAGUGAGCCAAAAGGCCCAUAAGGCAACAGCAAACAGGGAAAAAAACAACUACUGCAAAAGAAUGUGCUUUUCUCCCAUUCUGGAAGUCAACAUGCAGUCUGAAUCUAACAUUACAGUACGAGAUGACAUCAAUGACAUCAACACCAAUAUGUACCAACCACUAUCAUAUCCAUUAAGCUUUCAAGUGUCUCUCACAGGAUUUCUUACAUUAGAAAUUGUGUUGGGACUCGGCAGCAACCUUACCGUUUUGGUACUUUACUGCAUGAAAUCCAACUUAAUCAACUCUGUCAGUAACAUUAUUACAAUGAAUCUUCAUGUACUUGAUGUAAUAAUCUGCGUGGGAUGUAUUCCUCUAACUAUAGUUAUCCUUCUGCUUUCACUGGAAAGUAACACUGCUCUCAUCUGCUGUUUCCACGAGGCUUGUGUAUCUUUUGCAAGUGUCUCAACAGCAAUCAACGUUUUUGCUAUCACUUUGGAUAGAUACGACAUCUCUGUAAAACCUGCAAACCGAAUUCUGACUAUGGGCAGAGCUAUAAUGUUAAUGAUAUCCAUAUGGAUUUUUUCAUUUUUCUCUUUCCUGAUCCCCUUUAUUGAGGUAAAUUUUUUCAGUCUUCAAAGUGGAAAUACCUGGGAAAACAAGACACUUUUGUGUGUCAGUACAAAUGAAUACUAUACUGAACUGGGAAUGUAUUAUCAUCUGCUAGUACAGAUUCCAAUAUUUUUUUUUACUGUCAUGGUAAUGUUAAUCACAUACACCAAAAUACUGCAGGCUCUUAACAUUCGAAUAGGCACAAGAUUUUCAACAGGGCAGAAGAAGAAAGCAAGAAAGAAAAAGACAAUUUCUCUAACCACACAGCAUGAGACUACAGACGUGUCACAAAGCAGUGGAGGGAGAAAUGUAGUGUUUGGUGUAAGAACUUCUGUUUCUGUAAUAAUUGCCCUCCGGCGAGCUGUGAAACGACACCGUGAGCGACGUGAAAGGCAAAAAAGAGUUUUCAGAAUGUCUUUAUUGAUUAUUUCUACCUUUCUUCUCUGCUGGACACCAAUUUCUGUUUUAAAUACCACCAUUUUAUGUUUAGGCCCAAGUGACCUUUUGGUAAAAUUACGAUUGUGUUUUCUAGUCAUGGCUUAUGGAACAACUAUAUUUCACCCUUUAUUAUAUGCAUUCACUAGACAAAAAUUUCAAAAGGUCCUGAAAAGUAAAAUGAAAAAGCGAGUCGUUUCCAUAGUGGAAGCUGAUCCUAUACCUAAUAAUGCUAUAAUACACAACUCUUGGAUAGAUCCUAAACGGAACAAAAAAAUUACCUUUGAAGAUAGUGAAAUCAGAGAGAAAUGUUUAGUACCUCAGGUAGUCACAGACUAGGGAAAAGUCUAAGUUUCACCAAAUCUAUGUUCAGACGAGUUUCAAAUUUAAAUUGUAAAAAAUGAAAUUACUGCCAAAUAUAAGAAAAAACAUUUUAAGUAUUAUGUUGUAAAUUUUCAAUGUAAAUGUCAAUUAGAUUAGAUCAUAUAUACAGUUCAUUACUUAAUGUUAUUUGUUGCAUGGCAGUUUGUUGAAGUAAUAUCAUGUGUAUGUUUUGUCAAUAGUAUGUCCACAGAAGACAUUCA